AUGGUUCAUGAUAAACCGUUCCCGAAGCUAAUUGCACUUGAUGACAAACAAGGCAAUAUAUACUUGGUAGAUGUGGAGUAUUCUUGGAUUCCUAGCGCUUGUGAAAGAUGCGGAGCACUUGGCCAUAAAGAGAAGAGGUGUUUACUUCCUCCUAAGCCACUUGGAUCUGCUGCUGUUAUAAAAGAAAAUUAUGAUACCAAUGAAGAGAUCCCAACGGUGGAUAUAGUUUUGUUGUUGCAAAACACCCCUAGUACACAUGUCAACCACUUGGAGCCAAACUCACAAUCACCUUCUGUCCAUAGAGUACAUGAGACUCCAAAAAACUCUUCUGUUACUGCUCAUCCCGAGGAUGCAACUUCUGAUCCGAUCACACAUUCGCAUGAGGUACACUCCACCUCUUGCUCAAAGUUGGGUACUACUUUGCCUAUGUUAGCAGCCACAACUGCUGCGCCCUCUCAGUCACAAAUUAUGGAAGAAAUUCCAUCACAAGUUAACAUUUUGGAAGUCUCUCACGCUUCUGAAAAUGAGCAACCCAUUGGUCGUCACUCGCCUAUCACUCAAAACCAUCAUCAUUUCCACAUGGAGCCGGAGAGUCCUCUCGCUUAUGGGAAAGAGACUGGUGUAAAUGUGGUUGGAGAAACUUCUAGUUAUAACCUAACUAGAGGAGGAAGACCAAUAAAACCAACUCAAAAGUUUCAAGAUAUGGAAUGGACAAAUGUUAGUGGAAAGGGUGAAAAAGGUCGACGCGGCCGAGGGAACCAUUUCCACUAUUUCUUGUCUUUCUUUUUCUUUCCUAUUAGGAUUUAUUAG